UCCCGUUAUCCUAUUUUUGAUGAUUUUCCAACUAAAAGCGAAAGUCUCUCCUCCUUCGUUACAAAUAUCCACUCCCAACGUAACUCGGCAAAAUGAUCUCCUCCUUCGUUACAAAUAUCCACUCCCAACAUAACUCGGGCAAAAUGAUGGCGAUUCCACAGGAGUUCUUGCCUUCACCCAAAACCAUUCCAUCGUUGAUGGCAUCACUCACCGCCUCCGCAGUGCUCUUCCGAACCUUCUACAACGAGCUAAUUCCCGAUGCGGUUCGGGACUAUUUCGUCUCACGGCUCCAUGAUUUCUACACCCGUUUCUCCUCCCAAUUAAUCAUCGUUAUCGAAGAACUUGAUGGGCUUACUGUCAACCAAAUGUUUGAUGCAGCUAAUGUAUAUUUGGGCACAAAGGUCUCUUCGUCCACACGAAGGAUUAAAGUCCACAAGCCACAAAAAGAGAAGGAAUUAGCCGUCACCAUAGACAGGAAUCAAGAACUCAUUGACAUAUUCCAAGGUGUCAAUUUCAAGUGGGUUUUGGUUUCUUCCCGUAUUGAGAGACCAAUUUCAAGUAAGAAUCGCAAUGCUAAUGUGCAUGAGCACUCAGAUGUUAGACAUUUCGAACUAAGCUUUCACAAGAAACAUAGGGAAAUGGCACUGAGAUUCUAUCUUCCACAUAUUCUACGAGAAGCAAAUACCAUUGGAGAUGAGAAGAAAGCCAUGAAGCUCCAUACAAUAGAUUACAAUGGGACUCAUUACUGGGGUUCAAUCGAUCUCAAUCAUCCAGCAACAUUUGACACUAUAGCCAUGAAUCCUGAAACUAAGAAGGCAUUGAUCGAUGAUCUCAAUACGUUUAUUGAGAGGAAAGAGUAUUAUAGAAGAGUAGGAAGGGCUUGGAAACGUGGGUAUUUGUUAUAUGGACCACCAGGAACAGGGAAAUCAAGCUUGAUUGCGGCCAUGGCUAACUAUCUGAAGUUCGACAUUUAUGAUAUGGAUUUAAAGGAAGUCCAAUACAAUUCAGAUUUAAGAAGGUUACUGAUUGGUACUGGAAACCGUUCAAUAUUAGUAAUUGAGGAUAUUGAUUGUUCUAUUGAGCUGCAAGACAGAAGUUCAGAUUCAAAAAAUCAAACCAAAUCUACAGAGGAUGAAAAGAUUACUCUGUCUGGAUUAUUGAACUUCAUUGAUGGCCUAUGGUCAAGCUGUGGAGACGAGCGGAUAGUGGUAUUCACCACAAACCACAUGGACCGGUUGGAUCCGGCAUUGUUGAGACCUGGGCGUAUGGAUAUGCACCUGCAUAUGUCUUACUGCGACUUCGGUGGUUUCAAGAUAUUAGCAUAUAAUUACCUCUUAAUUCAGGAACAUCCCCUCUUUGAAAAAAUUAAAGAGUUCUUGAAUAAAGUUGAGGCAACACCUGCUGAAUUAGCUGGUGAGCUGAUGAAGAGUGAUGACACCAUAAGUUCACUUCAAGGAAUCAUUCAACUCCUCCAUGAUAAGCAAGAGAAAACUCGACUGUCAGACCUCAGAAUAAACUCAGGGAAAGCUUAGAUUUGCUGUUACUGAUACCCCCCUUGAAAUCAACUAGAAAUUUACUUACCAAGAUUUUUUAACACUUGAUAUUCGAAAUGAGAGUAUAUUUCUGCUUUUAUGUCUCCUCAUUUAUGAAUCUUUCUCUCUUGCCACUCCAAUAAGUAGCCGAAUGGAAUUAUUUUUACAAUCCGAGUUUGUAUUUAAAGCAUGGAAAGCACUGCAGGCAUCUCGGAAACUGAUUUGUAUGUACUAUCUUAGAUGCAGUUGUGGCUCCUUUGAAUUCCUCAUCCUUUUCUACA